AACUGCACUAGAUACUACCCAUCUUUUGGAGAGGAACAAAGUAUGUAGUGAGCAUAGGAGACAGAUGAGAGAUUCUGGAAAAUCCAAGGAGGUUUUAAGUACUCACAAGGUAGGCUGGGCCAGCCAAUGGUUAGGCCUUCCCUGCUGGGGAGCUGGGGAGGGUGCUACCACGUGGGGCCUAGAGCAGUGCCUCCGCGGUGAGGAGAGCAGCUUUUAAAUGUCUGCCUUACUAAAACUACUCUUUCUGCAUCGCAGAAGUACCCAGCUGGGGUGUAUCCUCCAGGACAACAAAUCUAGUUAUUUGUCUCCCUGUUCGGUGAUAUAUUUCUAAAGCAAUGAAUGGUCCAUUAAACUAAGUUUGGGCCUCUGUCUAUCCACAGCCAUCUCCUCACAUGCACCCCUCAGCGGGAGCCUGUUGACGUGGGCUGCAGCCUUUCAGCCUCAAUUCCCCUCCCUCCACCACCUCCCCUAUUCUUCUCCCUCUCCCAGCCCACCCCCGGUUAUUUGGGAGAUUAGAGUUCAUUAAUUAAAUCCUGUGCUUAGAUCGAACUGUAACAUUAUUCCAAUCACAUUUAUCUUGCAGGCGGCAGAGGAGAUGGCAGCCUCGCUGGAAACGCGCGGGGGAGCUUGAGCCCGCAGCCGGAGACGCACAGCGCUGCGCACUCCAUCUCGGCGCCGCAGCGCAGACCCUCCAUCUUCCUGCUCAGCCUCCCGGCCCGCUGGCCCCAGCCUUCGGGGUCCCACCUCCCUCUGGGGCCCCAGCCUGCCCCCACAUCUCCCUGUGCCUCCGUGGCUCCCUGGCCUGGUGCCCUCCCCCGCCACACACGCUGACGCGCUCGCGAACACACACGCACUCAAACACUCUGACACGCCAGCGAGCUGCUGGCUGCUCAAUGGACCGAUUUCCUCGCUGUUCCUGAUUCCAGCCCAGCCCGGAAUGAGAAAUUGCAAAAUGGCCCGGGUCGCCAGUGUGCUGGGGCUGGUCAUGCUCAGUGUUGCCCUGCUGAUUUUAUCACUCAUCAGCUACGUGUCCCUGAAAAAGGAGAAUAUCUUCACCACUUCCAAGUACGCCAGCCCGGGGGCGCCCCGAAUGUACAUGCUGCACGCGGGAUUCCGGUCACAAUUUGCGCUGAAGUUUCUAAAUCCGUCAUUUGUGCCCAUUACGAAUUCUCUGACCCACGAACUCCAAGAGAAACCUUCUAAAUGGACAUUUAAUCGGACCGCGUUUUUACAUCAAAGGCAAGAAAUUCUUCAGCAUGUCGAUGUAAUAAAAAAUUUUUCUUUGACCAAGAAUAGUGUUCGGAUCGGACAACUGAUGCACUAUGAUUAUUCCAACCAUAAAUAUGUUUUCUCUAUUAGCAAUAACUUCCGGUCACUGCUUCCAGAUGUGUCUCCCAUUGUGAAUAAGCAUUAUAAUAUCUGUGCUGUGGUUGGAAAUAGUGGGAUCCUGACAGGGAGCCGGUGUGGACAAGAAAUAGAUAAGUCAGAUUUUGUUUUCCGUUGCAAUUUCGCCCCUACGGAGGCUUUCCAAAGAGAUGUUGGAAGGAAAACCAACCUUACUACCUUCAACCCCAGCAUCCUGGAAAAAUAUUACAACAAUCUUUUGACCAUUCAGGACCGUAACAACUUUUUCCUCAGUUUAAAAAAGCUCGAUGGGGCCAUUCUUUGGAUCCCUGCAUUUUUCUUCCACACGUCAGCAACUGUUACCAGGACAUUAGUUGACUUUUUUGUUGAACACAGAGGUCAGUUAAAGGUCCAAUUGGCUUGGCCUGGGAAUAUAAUGCAACAUGUCAACAGGUACUGGAAAAACAAACAUUUGUCGCCCAAACGGCUGAGCACAGGUAUUCUCAUGUACACCCUUGCAUCAGCAAUAUGUGAAGAGAUCCACUUGUAUGGAUUUUGGCCUUUUGGAUUUGACCCCAACACAAGGGAAGAUCUUCCAUACCAUUACUAUGACAAAAAAGGAACCAAAUUUACCACCAAGUGGCAGGAGUCCCACCAGCUGCCUGCUGAGUUUCAGCUGCUGUACCGAAUGCACGGGGGAGGGCUCACCAGGCUGACUCUGUCACACUGUGCCUAAGAACUCUGAACAGGAAGUGCCAAACGGCGGUUUAACAAGUGCCCCGAAUCAGAUUGAAUAGUCGUCCGAAUAGAACCCUAGAGAAUUUCUUAUAAGGAUCGUCUGCCAUUUCAAAGGAAAGAUGUCCUCUCUCCCUCUUUUGCACUGCUCUUUUAAGGGUCUUAGCAGGACAGAUGCAUUGAAGCCACAUGAUUAAAACUUGAUUGAUAAAGGGAAUGUUGCAUUUGGAACCAUGCUGCUAACGAAAUGGUCUGAAGUAUUUUCGUGUUUGUAUUUUAAUAAUAAACUGCCUCCCACUUUUAUGAGGACUGGAGCU